CAAAAGAGGCUUGCCCCACCACUCAUCGCCCAUCAGCAACCAUCCGUCUCUGAUCGCACUUGUUACUCCGAAGCACGCUGCGCCUAUUGCAAAUCGCCCUCUCGGUGAACCACGGGGCGGACAUCAAGCAUCCACCCAGGCAAACGAAGCAGCUGCCGCCUUAGGAACCCAUUCACUGCGCACCAUCUCUGGCAUCCGGUCCCUCUUGUCGCUUUAUUGCUCCUCUCCUGCCUUGUUUGCCAAACUCCCGUCGCCGUGGCCCCCCUGCACUCUGCCAGCCCGCGCCGCCACUCUCCCUCGUACCCAUACAAGCAUCCCGGCAUCAUCUCUGCUGUCCUGCCUUCAACCAACAUCACCACCCGUUCAACUUAGACGCAUCACUGCACCGCGCCUGCUGUAGCCAUGUCUGACCACGAGUUUGGAGCCAACGAUGACUUGUCGCUCCCCAAAGCUACCGUUCAAAAGAUCGUGACCGAAAUCUUGCCCCCACAGGCUGGCGUCGCCUUCGCCAAGGAGGCCCGUGAUCUACUCAUCGAGUGCUGUGUCGAGUUCAUCACUCUCAUCUCCUCCGAGGCCAACGAAAUCUCGGAAAAGGAGGCCAAAAAGACCAUCGCAUGCGACCAUAUCACCAAGGCUCUUGAACAACUAGGCUUCACCGACUAUGUCCCCGCCGUGAUGGAGGCAGCUGCUGAACACAAGGAAACCCAAAAGGGACGUGAGAAGAAGGCCGAUAAGUUCGCUAAUAGCGGGAUGUCGAUGGAGGAGCUCGCUCGAUUGCAGGAGGAGCAGUUUGCCCAGGCGCGGGAACGACACGGUUGAGGCAUCUUACGAGGGAAUGGGCGUGGGAAUUGGCAUUGCUAGGCGUUGACGUACAGGACCGGUUUGGUAUGGGCUCUGGAUUUUGAGGGCCCGGUUUGGCUCGACUUAUUUCUCACCAUCGCUUAUAGACACUUCACAAGGCUUCGUUCUUGAAUGGAAGCGGUGGCGGUGUUUGGGGUAACUUAAAUCAUGCUUUCAUUGUCUCCACUUGAGUGAUGUCGCAUCCUUUGAAAUCUCGUCAUCGACUAACAAGGGUCAACCAGGCAAUUAAUUGCCUGUCAAAAGUCCUUUUUUUUGAGCCGCAUCCUCGCCACAUUGUCUGCAC